CUGACGCCGGUGACGAAGGAGCGAUAUUCGCGAUCGAAGCCGGCGGUAACCGGAGAGAACGGAAGAGAGCUCGGCAAGAAACGAGUCGGAGCGGUGAGAGACGGGGGAGGGUAAAGAGGUAGACAUAUUGAGAUAGAGAGAGAUAGGAAAAGGAAACGAAAAACUAAGAGGAAGAGAGUCAAGAGAGCGGCUACGAGCGAUAACAAUCUUUUUUUGUAUAGCUGAAGAUACUUUCGAGAUAGAAUCUCGACGCAGCGCAUAAACAGGUCUAUAUACGGACAAACAAACGAUUAGUCUGGGUGAUUAGCGGAGAUCCUCGACGCAGAGGAGGAGGAGGAGAAGGAGGGAGGGGUCCUUUCGGCUGGCUGCUCGAUCAUCGUCAUCGCUGAUAACGCGACGCUAAUUGUCGACGCUAAAGUGGUCGCAUACAACAAAUAUCUCUACCUAGACAACCUACUGCAAAGAGACUUUACUGCCGCACAUUACUGACGGCGGCGCAGGUGGCACGAAGGCGGUGAGACAGACCAGAGUCCGACGAUGACGGUGCCUCGCUGCGUCGGACGUUAGAGAACGUGGUGAAUAAUUAUUCCUGAGGAAGGAGAAGGAGGGCGAGAGAGAAGAAGUGGGCGCGCGCGAGAGCGCCAUGUUUCCUGCGGCGGGCAAGGGCGGGCGAAGAAGUCUGCGCGGAAGCGCACGGCUCUCGUCCAAGAUGUCGGGAAAGCUGCCCCGGUUGCGUGCACUGCGACCGCGGCCGCAGCAGCAGCAGCAGCAACAGCAGAGGCGAAUGAAAACGGAGCCCGUCGCCGUUGCAGCCGCCGACGCGGCGACGACGACGCGGACGCCGCGGCCGGAAGGUAACCUUAAAAGGGCCGCGGCGAGUCACGAGGUGGAGCAGCACGAACAUGCGAAGAGACACGACGCGAUGAAGAAGGGCGAAGACACGGCCACGUCUUCCGGCGCUGUGAACAAGACGAUGGACGAGAUGGACGAGGAGGGGGACAACGGCGACGAGCUGACGAUGACCGCCGUGGUCGGCGAGGCGGAGGACGACGAAGCGACGCUGGACGGCAACGUUGACGUUGACGUGGACGUCGAUAUCGACGUCGACGUCGACGUCGACCUCGGCGUCGCGGUGAACCCCGAGGAGACGAUCGACCUCGAGGCGUCGAACGAGCGGGCGUCUUACGAGUGCAAAACCUGCGAGCCGUCCAAAACUCUGCCCAGUAUCAAGGCCUACUUCGAGCAUCUGCGAAAGGAGCACAAAUAUAAGGGCAAAAACGGGCACAGUCCAGUCGAAAAUCGUUGCCCUGCGUGUUCGUAUGUCGCAUUGAACGUGAAAGAUCUCGAAAAUCACCAAAGAGUGCAUCAUUUGAAAAGAAAAUUCUUUCGAUGCGCAAAAUGCGAUUACGUGACGCACAUCAGAGCGCGUUAUACUAAGCAUGUUAAAUAUCAUUCUAUGCCGAUGAUCAAGUGCGAUGCUUGUGAUUUUAGUUCAGCGUAUAAGUGGAAUCUAGAAAGACACAUGCGGAAUCAUGGAGGUGGAGGUGCUUUCAAAUGUCGUGCAUGUAAUUUUACUGCUGAUAUCCGUCAGAGCUUAACGGUGCAUGAGUCGUAUCAUCAUGAUCCACCUGUGGGUGGUCAGGUCAACCGCAAAAGUAAUAACGCUUUCGAACGUAAGCCACGAAAUAGUCCAAAGCGUUAUAAUCAGGUUGGAGCCAGUGACUUUCGGGAAGUGUUAAGUAAAGGCGGAAGUACAACCACGUCGGCCGGUUCUUCCGACUCGUUCGUAUCAGAUCACUCGUUAAUUUCAAUAGACGAUAAGAAAAGCGCCCUCGCCGGCGCGGAGUGCAUCGCGUUAAAAUGCGAGGAGAAGGGCUGCCAAUUUAUAACGUCCUGGGAUUCCACGAUGCAACGUCAUUUAGCGGAAUGUCACGCGCCGGCUGCCUCGUCGAAGCCAAGAAAGCCACUGCCAAUGUUAAUUCCGUUAAGCCUAGCGAGCAACAACAAGCCCGGUAACGCAACGCUCAACAGCACCGGGCCGCCAACAACUCUACUGAAGGUUCCGCGCGUCAGAGUGAGACCCGAACUGGCGCAAAUCGCGAGAGAUACGGAGCUGGCUAAGAUGUACGGAAACAAGGAGGCUGCGAAUUCGAAGAAGAAUCAAAAUACGACUGGGGUAUUUCAAAGAAAGAAUGCCUCCUUCUUCGAUAAACUGAAGGAGAAACUAACGACGACAGCGACGUCGAUUAAUAACGGUGUGCCGGAGGUAGCUGUAAGUAGUGAGAACGACUUGAAAUGCUGGUGUACGUUUAAAGCUGGUAGCAUGGAAGAGCUAGCUUGCCACAAACAGACGCACCACACCGCGCUCAGCGUGUCCGUGGGCACAACACGUUGCCCUAAGUGUAGAAGACGUUGCAAGAGUACGGCCGACCUCCAAACGCAUAUGCAAUGCUGCCGUUCGCGCGACAACCCGACGCCGUCCAUCGAUAGUAGCUUAGAGAAAGUAACGAAUCGCUCGGACGUCCGCAUGACCUCGUAUCGUGACGAAUACUCUUUUCCGUCGCAAAUGGAUUGGGAUGCGAGUCGCAGAGGAACAAAUUCUUCCAGACCUCCGUUCGAAGGUGGUCCGACACAUCCGACCGGGCGGCGGGUAUUCAAAUGUCCCCAUUGUCCGUUUUGGGCUUCCACCGCAAGUCGCUUUCACGUACAUAUAGUCGGUCAUUUAAACCGGAAGCCGUUCGAGUGUUCAAUGUGCGCGUAUCGGUCUAACUGGCGAUGGGACAUCACAAAACAUAUUAAGCUUAAAGCGGCUAAAGACGCAGUGCAUACGAGCGCCAGAGUGCUCAUGACGGAUGAGACAGGUCGACGGAAUUAUUCCAAAUAUAACAAAUACCUCGCACAGGUGGAACAGCAGUCGUGGGAUGAGGAUCGUAUGGAGCAGCGUAGCAUAGAAGAAACGAACUCUGAGGAAGUGUCGACGAAGUUGUUGAUCGUGGGCAAUAAAGAGUACGUUUCGAUGACCGGCUCGGCAUCGCAAUCUCCCAUCACAAUUCUACCGUCGAGCGAGGCAAAUCAGAACAGUCACAGUGUCGACGUGAGUCUGCGACCCCCGCCACCGCUCAAAGCAGCGGUUCGAAGUCGCGGGCAGUCUCUGUUGAAAAACAGUCCCAUCACGAUGCAUAUACAAACCCCUAGUGGUGGCGGUGCGGUCUCCAUAUCCACAGCGAUGGAUGAGAGUAAACGCACUCAGUGGAAGUGUAAACGUUGUAAUUACCGAGAUACAAACAAGACUAACGUACUGUUGCAUGUUAAAUCUCAUUAUGGAUCUGCCGAUCACGAGUCCAUCGAAGAGAGGAAUCCAUUUAGUUGUGGGGAAUGUCCGUUUUCCGCGUCGGAUGCUGCCACUCUGUCCCUCCAUAAGAUGAACCAUCGGCCGAACUUAGAAGCUAUAUUUAAAUGCUAUCUUUGUCCAUACUACGUUAGUACAAAGGCAGAACUAUUGGAGCACGCUAGACUCCACGGAGAAGAAUUGGCAGCUAUGCAUCAGCAAAAUAUGGAUUACCAAUUUCCAAACUCCAAGAAUAAACUGCAUCAAAUAUCAAUUUCUGAAAGCAAUGUUUCUCGAACAAAAGACGAAUCGUCCACGGACCAAGUGAUUCAGAUAACGUCACGCAACAACGUAACGGCGUCUUCAAAGAUGGCAGGAGCUCAGCAGCCGUCGCCGCCUCCACCGCCGUCCCUUCUCCUGGACACUCGUUCCCUUCCGGAUGUCCCGCUGGUCUGGGUAUCGCGACCAGACGGUACUCUGACGAAGAUGCUCAAGUGCCGUCAUUGUCCGUACAUCUCGUCGCGACGUGCGGAGGUUCGCGACCACGAGACGAUGCAUAUAGACGUGCCAAUUCAGGGUCCCUUGAUCGAAUGUACGGAUUGUAGUUUUAUGUGCUCGCGUCGGGACGUCAUGAUCGCCCAUACGGAGAUGCACGCGGGAUCUCUCGGUACCGUUCACUGCCUUGUCGACGAAACACGACCCGAUUCCCAGCAGGCGAACGAUCUGGCCGCUCUGCUUGGCUUGACGCACACUCCCGUGUUGGGCACCGAGCCGGAUCUGCAGGACUUCCGUCUGGUGCACUGCUGCGGCAAGUGCCCGGCGCGGUUUCUGUGCGAGAAGGAGUUGCGUAUUCAUCUGCGAUACCACACCACGGAAUUGGCGUACGCGUGCCAGUGGUGCUCGUACGCGGCGCGACAACCGGCGCACCUGUUGGCUCAUCAAAAGGCGCAUUCGACGGAGUAUCAGGAGCGCACCAAAUACCUGUUGACCUUGUACGGUCACUCGCAACGCUAUCCACCGCCCACGACAGCGUGCGUCGAGGCGGAGAAUCAGGAGGACAAUGACAGUGGAUUGAACGUCGCGUGGAUUGUCGUUGAAAUCAACACGAACGACUACAGCAGUGUCAAUAGCACGACGAUUCAGAGGACCGGAAAUCAGGUGUUCACGUGCGCCAAGUGUCCGGCUCGUUACUUCAAGUUGGACGCUCUGGAGUAUCACAUGACACUUCACGGUUCGAACAAUCGGUUCAAGUGUAACGACUGCGAUUAUUCGUCCAAAACUGCGCAAAAUCUGUUAAAACAUCAGGUAGUACAUCGACGGCACAGCGGAACCAACGAGGUAACCGCGGAGCUGACGUCCACCGCUACCGUAGAUCCCGCACCGCAGACAUCCGCUCCCGAGUCGCCACUGCAGACGCCACCGGAUGCGCAAUUCAAUAUUUACAUGCGCGGCAAUCCCAAUUUCGUUUAUCCGGGUUACCUACGGAACGGCCGGCUGAAGGAGAAGCGUUACAAGUGUCACAAGUGCCCGUCUGCUUUCGAGAAACGCGAACAGUAUAGAGUUCAUCUGACCUUGCACGGUGCGAAGCAACGCUAUCGCUGCGACACGUGCGACUACUCGGUCAAAUAUUACGCGAACUACAUACAGCAUCUGAAGAAGCACCAGGCGAACGCGGAAGCGCAGGCGUCUCGCAGACAAUUCGAGGACGACCGGAUCUCAAUUGACAGCGACAGCAUCAUCGACGUGACUGUGUCGGCAUCGUCGCGUAAAUCCUCACGAUCGUCCGUCAACAUGCUCGGGAUACUGUCUUCCGCCAAUAACGCGUCCGGUAUCGGUAACAAUGUCGCGCUGCAACCCUCCAAUCAGGACAGGCAGAGUUUGCUGCUGAUGCAAAAGAAGGGCAUUAUAUCGACGGGCGACGUCGACACGGAAACGAUUCGCUGCCAAAGCUGUCCGUUCUCCACCGCCGACAAGGACGUCAUGGACGCGCACAAGCGUCGCCACGGCAUCGAGCGCAUGACACCGCCGUGCCCGCAUUGCGAUUACAUUCCGCGAAAAGACGAGAACGUCGGCGAGCACAUCAAGCUGCACUUCACGAGGUUGUACAAACCAGAGUCCUAUCUCAUCGUCGAGCUACUGACGCUGACGAUGGAGAAGCUCAACGCGAACAGCAAAGACGAGAAGAGCGGUCAACGAUUGAAGGAGCUGUUGUUCAAGGAAUGCGCCGACGGUAGAUUCCUACCGCUCACCGAAUCGAUCAACUCUCUUUCUCUGGGAACCUCCUCGAAGAUGAAGGUCGCCAAGGAGAAAGUCAUCGUAGAUCCGAACACAGGCGAGACCAAACAUCGUCUUGCCACGUAAAUCGAACUUUUAUCCAGCGAUCGCGAUCGUGCGAUUAUUUGUGCCCGCGACUUGUUUAUACGCCUUUUUGUAUGUAAGAAACUAAUCUGAAAUUGGUAACGAUUUAGCUGACAACCACUCGCGAAUGAUGUAGAUUAAUAUGCAUUGUAAAAAUCGAUGAUCUUGUUUAUAGUUAAUCAAAGGUGUAUAUUAGAAUUUAUCGCACGUUUUAUUUCUAUAAGAUAAAAGAGUACAUAUAAAUAUUGUUUUUUUCGACGGCAAUGUACAGUCGAGGACAUAUCGCGCGCUUUAUCUGAGUAUAUUUGUUUCUAUUUUUUUUUGCAUUUUAUCACUGAUUAGAAUAUUGUCCAGUAACUUCGAACGACAUGAUGUGUACGUGAGCACUCUGUACGAAGUUAAUAUAUUAUACGCCAUAAUUUGUUCACAUAUUGGCUAGCGAUGGGCACAAGAUCGAAUCUAAAAUAUGUUGGAAAUUCUAAAUUAUCUCUAUAUUAUUGAAAACUAAAAAAAUAUCUAAUAUUUUUAAAUGUUUGACAAUUUAACUCAAAUUGUAUAGAAUUUAAGAAUAGAUUUCUAUAAAAUAUCUAGAUCGCUAACAUACUAUUGUUUGUUACCAGGUGAAUUGAAGCUAAACGCCAUAUUUAUUCGAUAUUUAUAUACAAUGCUUUAUGAAGUAGUGUUCGUGUACAUUUAAUAAUAUUGGUUAAAAUUUUAACGUUUUGGAAUGUAACUCAUUACUGGGUGAAGACAGUUACUUUCCCUUCUCCUGAGUUUCUUGGCGUCAUUUUUCGGAGUUAGCGAUCUAAAGUAUAUAGAAAUCUGUGAAUUUACUUAAAUUUUUUAAGUCUUGACUACUUUGAAAAUCAAAGAUGAUUUUCAUUAAAUUGAUUACAAUUGGCACUAUAGUAAUUUAAAAUAAUUCGGUUAUUGU